GCCAAUGAUUUAGUUUAAAUCUGACUGUGGAAAAGAUCGGUUGUUUGUUUUACCAAUUGGUGUUCGCUCAGAUAAAGGAAUUGAAAAUUUAAUAUUUGCGAAUUGAUUUUUUUCUUUUAACAAAUAAAUUUCCAGUCAGCAAAUAUGAAUUUUAUCUUUCAAAUUUAGACAAUAAGAAAAAAUAUUGAAAUACUUCGGUACUUGAUACUAAACAGUUCAGUGCCGAAUAAUGUGCAUAUCAUUACAUAAAAAAGGAUUAUUUUGGUAUUAUCGAUUUGGAAUCAACAAUUAAAAAAUUAAAUAAUAUGGGAUAUCGAUGGCUGUGCACUCCACUAAUCAUAAUGGCAAUAGUAUUAUCAACACAUUCACAAAACACCAUCAACAAAUGGACGCUCGACGAACGGAUAUCAAACACAAAUUCCGAAGACGAUACCACACUCAAGUCCAGUUACAACACAGACCCACUAACCGAACCGCAUAGAACGGAAGAGCCAGUAGCAGACGGUGAUCAUAGAAAUAUAAAUCAGUUUGAGAACUUACUUCAAACACAAAAUGAGGAUAACCAAAGAACAGAAUCGACUAAAGCUCAUUCAAGAAAGAAGCGAUUGAUUUGGGUGUCAGAUGAUGGCAGACUAGCAUUGCCACCCGGAACAAUAUUGAGUAUUGCACCUACUCUUUCGCUGCCAUUGGUGAGGUAUCCUCCGUCAGGAUUCCUGUCAAAUUUGACAAUGAGUUUUCCGUUGACUAUUGAUUUUGAUAAGCUGGGUCUGACGGAUAACGAAAAUCCGUUAGGUGUUUUGCCUCCAUUUUUUGGUAGAUCCAUGGGCAGAGCAGCAGGAACGUUCCUAGGACAUUACAUUGGAAGCUAUUUGAAUUCGAGAAGAAAGCGAGCAGCUGACGAUGAUAGAAGUGAAUCAAAUACAAAACUUCACAACGAGCAAGGAGAUGACUGGAAAAUGCAUGAAUUACCUGAAGAUCAGCAGCAUGUUUUUCAUGGAGGAGAAAGGGCGCUACUAUAUGGUGUGGUAGAGGAUUUCAUCUCUACAUUUGGAUUUGAUGGGAAAGCAUGUUUACUGCGUGCUAUCUGCGAAGUGCAUUCCAAAUCCGUUCAUCAUUUAGGUUUAUUUGGAGAAAUGGUGAAACUGUUUUUCACUGCCUCAAAGUCUCAAUUCUCGCAAUUGUUACCCGAAUACGUGUCAGCCGAAGAGAUAGGCAGAGGGGAGCGUGGUCCAGGAGAGUGUUUUCCUUAUUACAAGAACUGUCCGAGAAGUCUGUUCAAACUAGACAACAACAAGUACAGCAAACACAUGACUAAAGACAAGUCGGAGAGUGAAAAACUUAUGCAACUGCAAAGCAAUAACAUCGACAUUGACACAGAAGAAAAUUCAUCGCAAUCGAAUUUCAAGCAAAAUUUGAAUAUGUAACGUUGUAGCUGAUGCGUGUGCUUUUGGUAUAUUCAACUCAGUUACUCUGUAUGUAGUUAGUCCUAUGUGUGAAAUAGAAGAAAAUAAUAAUGCUUAGAGCGCAAUGUAAGCAAUACUGCUUGCAUGAUUAUUGCUUUAUGAUUUACCUCAACAAUAUAUUAAUCGAUACAAAACAAAAAUUCGGUGAAUUAAGUAGAAAUAACUUUUACUCGCUGCACCUCACGGAAAUGGUUCAUUACCUAAUGACAUUUGCGACAGUUUUCAUUUUCGCGAGGCUUUGCGAGUAACUUUACGCACACUAGCGGAAAAGUGAGCAAAAAUGAAAAUCUAGGUUUUCAUUUGUUAAACGUCAUUUCUGUGUAAACAAUUUCGAAUCGCAGCAGGUCGCAAAUCAGAAAACCUGUUGCAUUUCACUUUUUCGCUAGAGUAAUGGUUUGGACAUUUUUAUUUUGACAAAAUUAGUCAUCGUGCUUGAGUCUUUAUGCUUGAGCCUGCUCAAUGACCGUUAAAAUUAAAUGAUGGGAAAAUUAUUUAUAAGAAAAGUUUAGUUUUAAUUCCAAGAAAAUGGGUAAAAAUAUAUUAAAACAAUUACCCUUUUUACUUACAAUAUUGUAAGUCCACAUUGGAUAAAUAACAAGGGGUACCACUAGCCCGAAAUUUGUACCAAUAAUUCCAAAAAUUCCACUAGAAUCCAAUUUUCUUUCGAAUUUCUGUGACUCAGCUGUACCCCUUGAUAAAUAAUGUUUUUGUUUAGUGUUUUUAAGCGUAGAAAAAUUGGGAAAAUGAGAACAAAUAUAACUGGUGACUAGUUGAAUGUUUUAGUUUAGUUAAUUUAUAUAUUUGAAUGAUGCUUGGUUGUUUAAAUCAAAUUUGUUGAAAUUGAUACACAGUUUUAAGUCGAUUGUUAUGCCAUAAAAGUGUAAUAAAUUACGUGUAUGUAAAUGAA